GGAGCCGAUGUGGGCGCAGGAGCCGGAGCCGGAGCCGCGGUGGCCGAGCCGAGCAGCGUCGGGUGGAGGGAGCCCAGUGCAUGGGUUCAGAACAAAGAGUAAUGGGAAAGAGAGCAGAACCGAGAAGCCAGGGAGACUGCACGGACGCACCACCAUCACCCAACCAGAGACCCAACACUUGCUGCUUCUGCUGGUGUUGUUGCUGCAGCUGCUCCUGCCUCUCCGCCCGAAAAGAUGAGAGAGAGGAGGUGACAGGAAAGCCCACAGAAGAGACCAGGAUGGAGAUCACGACCGAGACCAUUGAAUCUGCGGAGGAGAGUGGUAUCAUGCCAUCACUGGAGGAGAUCUCGUCGUGGACCCAGGGCUUCGACAAGGUGAUGGGGACAGAGGCUGGUAGGAACAUCUUCCGCCAGUUCCUGCGGACAGAGUACAGCGAAGAGAACAUGCUCUUCUGGCUAGCCUGUGAAGAGUUCAAAAAGGAAAAGAACGCAAAGGCAGUCGAAGAGCGGGCGAGGGUGAUAUACGAAGACUACAUCUCCAUUCUCUCCCCGAAAGAGGUGAGUCUUGACUCUCGGGUGCGAGAGAUCGUCAACAGGAACCUGCGGAAUCCAGGUCUUUUCAUGUUCGAGGACGCUCAACUCCAGAUCUACAGCCUCAUGCACAGGGACUCCUUCCCCAGGUUCUUGAACUCUGACUUCUACAAAUCCCUCGUGCAAAAACCACAGCCUUCCCCUGACACUACUCCCACCAUCGAGAGCUAAUCCCAGGACCCCCGAAAGAGCAAGGAAUGGAGGUUAAAGACAGGUUUGCACUCAAACACAUGUACACCAUUACCAUAGUACACCCUUACACAGUCUUCUACAUCUGCACACAGUUACCAGCAAGUGUACCAGUUAACACAUGCCUCUGUAAUAAUUAGACACACGCAGACACAAAACAUUACAGGAUUAACAAACCACACUGGCGUAGAUAAAGGCAAUGCAUUCACCUGAGCACACACAAAUUAUUUCUCCUGAACAUGUGCAAUUAGACCCAGAUACAUUCCUCUCUUUUUUCAUAUACACUUACAAACACACACUUGCUCUCAGUCUUGUGCAUACAUACUCAAGCACACACUCUCAUGAACAUAUACUUUCAUAUGCACACACCCAUGCAUACUCUCUCUCCCCUCUCUCUCCGUCACACGCAGGCAGAAAGACACACACACACACACAUGGAAAUACUAAUCAUUAACGAACGAGAUGCGGUGAAAAGCCCAGGCACUGGGUUCCUGGAGACCCACAGUUUAGCUUUACUCAGGGUGUAGUGAUACGUUGAAUAUUGAGCUAUUUAAAAAAAAAGAAAAUAGAUAUAUAUUUAUUGGUUGAAAUAAAUCUUUUGCUCACUGCCUCAAACAGAAAUACAAAAAAAACUUAAGAAUGAUUUUUUUUUAAUAAAGCAGAAGCCAGGAUUAUUAUUCCCCAAAGAAACAUCGCGGUGAGCUGAGCGUUGCUGGAGGUCACCUGGCCACCACCUUGAGAAACACUUAUCCCAGUUACCGGGCAGAUCGUGUCGGACUGGCAAAGCUCACACCGCCACCUAUUUCCCUGGGGAAGAUAGACCUCACACAGUGUGGUGCCCCUAGCAUGGAUUUUAAGUUAUCGGGGCAGGCUUGCUCACUAACUUUGUCUCUGCACCAGUUAUUGGUUUCCCUUGAACCGCCCAAAACGCACUAUGAAAAUGCUUUUUUUUGUGGUGAAGCAUUUUGGGACGUCUUGAGGUCAAGGAAAUGCAGUUUUUUUUUACUUUUGUCUGUAGGAUUUAAUGAACUUUACUAAGCACAAAAAAAAAAGUUUAACGUGUAGAUGUUUUUCCUAAGGGAGAACCAAGAUGUCAUUGCCAGUAAGUCCGAGAUAUAGGGCCAUUCUAUCUCUUCAAAGAAACUGUGCAAAAAAUAUAUAUAUAGAUAGUAAGUAAAAGUCUGUAAAUCUCCAUAGUUUUUUUUGAUGAGCAAAUAUUUCUCUUCUCAUCUUUCCAGAGGGGACCAGGUAACUUGUUUAUUUUUUAAACAGAGUUAAUGGUGAUACCAGCGUAUCAGGUAUUGGUUGGCAGCAGGUCAGAUCGCGUUUUAUUGAACUGCAGCUGCAUCUCCCAACAAGGGUAUUUAUUCUGCAGCUAAAAGCAAUGAGUGGAGGACACCGUCAAUCUGUCAAGAACAUAUGAUUAAGUUAUUAGCGAUUGGGGUGGGUGGGGGGAAUUGCGGGCAAGAUUGACAGGAGGAUUAUCCGAUUAUCUUUCAUCUCAAAUCUUGAAGUGUCGCACAGUGUUACCCUUUAUUUUAAAUGGGUUCAUGCAUCCACUGGAAGGUAUGAUAGAGGUCGAUCAAAGAGUGCAUCUGUCACCAGCAGAGAUUUCAAGCCCAAAUAUUUUGCUUGUAUGUUGUUUAAAACCUGUAUGUAAUUUUCACUUUUUUAUUAAAAGCAUAUGAGUAUAUUUAUAUAACGAUACAUAUAUAUAAAUAUAUAUAU